AUGAAUAGGAAAAGAACGCUGUUUGAGUUUAGUUUCACGGCAAACCGCCACCAUUUAGACAGGGAUGAGAGAGAGGUUACCGACGAAUCUGAAACCGAAGCAGGUGAACCAAACAGUGAAACUGGAGCAGACGAUGUCGAGACUUCCGGAAGUGCUGUUAAAAAACGAAAAACGAAGGUGUUUCAUCAAAAGUGGACUGGACAAUGGCAAUGGCUUCGAAAAGAGGAGAAGGGAAUGAAAUGUUCCGUAUGUGAAAAACAUCACAAAUCUAACCCUUUUACGUCUGCUGAUGGAUGUGUCAAUUUUCGGACGAGCACACUGACGAGACAUGCCGGGUCUAUGGAUCAUACAGAUAGCCUGAGAGCAGAGGCUUUACAAAAAGACUUUAACCAGGCAGCUGCAACAGCCAAGAUGCAGUCAGUCGCACAUGCGAAAGAAGGGGUUGAGGCUGCAAUGAAAACUGUGUUUUGGAUGGCUAAGGAGGACAUUCCUAUUAAAAAAUACACCAGCAUGAUGGAGUUAUUGAAACACCAGGAAUGUGGAAAGCUAGAAAAGCUGGGAAGUGGAAGAAAUGCUACUUACAUGUCCAGAUCUGCAGGGGAGGACUUCCAAGCCUGUGUCGCAGAGGCGAUACGGACUGAUAUCAUUGAGAAAAUAAAGUUGGCUGAUAUGUUUUCAAUUUUAACUGAUGAAAGCACUGACAUUUCUAUCACAAAACAGAUGGUGCUAUAUAUACGAGUUAUUGAUUCAGCUUUUAUUCCUCACACACAUUUUUUGCAAAAUGUAACAAUUGACAAUCCUAAAUCUGAUGCAAAUGUCCUAUUUGAAGCCAUGGAGAAGUGCCUGACAGAUCAUGGUCUUGACCUGAAGAAAGUGAAGGGAUUUGGUUCUGAUGGGGCCUCAGUGAUGGUGGGGAAACACAAUGGAGUGGCGACAAAGGUGAAGGGUAAAAGCCCUCAUUGUGUUAAUAUCCACUGCAUGGCACAUAGAUUUAAUUUGGCUACCUCCCAGGCAUCAAAGCACAUUCCAUAUCUUCAGGAAUUUGAGAAAACCUUGAGUGAUUUGUACUAUUACUUUGGUGGAAGUAAAUCAGGAAACCGGAAGUGCGAGUUAGAAGAUAUUCAAAAGAUUCUUAAUGAUCCCAAGGUGAAAGUUAAAGAAUGCCACGAAAUCCGCUGGAUUGCCUUUUCAGAGGCUGUAUUUGCUAUCUACAGAUGUUGGCCCUCUCUAGUUACCUACUUCAAACGACACGACAAAUCAUCAAAAGGACUGAGAUCCAAACUACUGGAUUACAGAUUUGUGGUAGUGCUUUAUCUUUUGAUGGACAUAUUGCCUUCAGUAGCACAGAUGUCCAUGGUACUACAGAAACAGGAUAUAGAUGUUGCUGCUGUUAAGCCUGCGUUUGAAGGACUGAAAGACAAGAUCAAGCUUGCUCGAAGGAGGAAAUCUCAUUACCAAGAGGAACUCCGGGAGAAACUGAAAACAAAGAAGGCAGGAGAUGUCACAGAGGUUGAAAUGAAAGGUCACCAGUUGGACUUUGGCAAAAAAUUGAGAACAACAAACAAGGAUCUAGAGGAAAUACGGCACACAUUUUGUGAUACUCUCGGUAAGAACAUUGAUGAAAGGUUUCCACUAGAGUCGGUUACAGUGUCGUCAGCUUUUCAUGUGUUUGGUAUGAGAAGUCUGUCCUUCCUCUCCAAGGAAGCUCAGAACAAGUAUGGAGAAAAAGAAAUCAAAAUCCUGGUCGACCAUUAUGGUGCAGAGAUGUCCAAAGGUGAUGUUACCAGCCCCGCCAUGGUGGAUCCUGUCAAGUGUGUCGAGGAAUGGCAUCUGGCUAAGGGCAUUGUUCUAGACCAGAUGUAUCCAAGAGACAGCACUAGGUUGUUGUUGAAACUUUUAUUUCAAUUCCAUGAGGAUGUGCUUCCAAACUUAUUGGUACUUGCUAACCUCUGCCUAAUCAUGCCCUACCAAACGGCUGAUUGUGAGCGGGGGUUCAGCUGUCAAAAUGGCAUAAAGACGGCCAGACGGAACCGCAUGUGCGAGGAGCAUUUAAAUACGCUUAUGACAAUAAAAUGUGAAGGGGGCAAGCUGGAAGAGUAUGACAUGUCUAAGGCAUUAUUGAUAUGGAAAGGGAAGAAGCAAAGGAGGGGUAUCCCGUAG